UAUAUAUUACACACACCACACAUACAUAUUCUUCGACCGAUCGAGAAAAAGACUGUAGACGACGAUAAAAAGAGUACUUAUGCGAAGAAGGGCAGCCUUCGAAGAAGAGCCGCAUAUCUGCUAGUUGCAUAUUUAAAUGUUCGUCCGAUGAUGUUUAAUAUUCGAAUAUUAAAAGUAAUCUUGAUAGUCUAGGCUCCAGCCGAGAGCGGUUAUCGUUGUUCUGCAUGAGACGCAAAAUUGUACGCACCAAGAGAUUACGCUGCACCGAGUCUAUCUUCUUAUGGCUCCGUUUCGAGACAUUUUAUUAUUUUUUAUUGUUUCUUCGUUUCAUAAUCGGAAAAAAGAAAAAAAAAAAAAAAAAAAAAAAAGAGAAAAAACUAUAAAAAUAAAUGUAGUCGGCUCGUGAUCGUACUAGGCACGUGCGGUUUUUCGUUUUCGACAAGUUUGAAGUCGAUCGAAUGCGUGAUAUUUUAAACGGCAAUGUUUUCGCGAUGAAACUGUGAUAUGUAUUCGAAAUGGACAACGUCCGAAGAAUGAUAAAGAUAAAGAUGGCGGGUACGAUCGCGAGCUGUCAAAGCACCGACUACUCUACCGUUCCCUAUCCGGCAAAACGCACGUAGUUACUUAAAAUAAACAAAGAAUUUAGAUGUUGAAAUUAGAAAGCAGUAAAUCCUGCACUAUCGUUGUCUAUUAUACGUAUGGUCGAAUUGCAUUUAAUAUUAUCGAGGAUUAUAGGAGCGAAGGAGAACGUAUACUUUCACGAAUAUCGAGAUACGAUGUAUCAUGACGUAAGCGUUGCAUAUCCAUAAAAUUAGUAAACUAAGUGAAAUGAGAUGGAGCGCUACAGAAGAGACAGAGAUAGAGAGAGACAGAUAGAAAACGAUCGUCAACCUUGACGAGACUUGUACGUCAAGAAGCUAAGUCAAGAGAGAGAGACUCCUUGGUCCCUCGUACUAGAAAAAAGACAAAAAAAAAAACAAAAAAAGAAAACAAAAAAAUAUUGCGGUAGUAUUUCAUCUCGGGGCUUUCUGUCUUUCAUUAGCGGUGGCUACGCUUUCGUUUUAUUUUUCGUAACGGAUCGGAAGCAGAGCAAGUCGAAAGAAUGGAGAGAAGGAUGAACGAGCGCGAAUCGGAUAGAGAAGCGAAGCUUGCAUUUUCUUUUCUUUGUGAAAUCGAUAUUACGAGAUACGCGCUCGAUCGUUACUUGGACGAGCUGUAUGCAUUGUACAUAAAAUAGUUAUUUAAAUGUAAUUCGAUAAGAAGAGAGAGAGAGAGAGAGAGAGAGAGAGAUAGAGAUAGAGAUAGAAAUAGAGGUAGAGAGAGAAAGAGAGAACGAAAGGGAGAGAGUGCGAUUUAAUGAACCGAUACGGCUGAGAAAAAAACGACGACGAAUGUUUUCCCUUUAAUCGCAUUACUCGUCAAGUUUCAUAGAAUAUUGUCUUCGCUUAGGAAAUUUAUUUAUUGGAAAGAUCCGUUCUUGGUACAUGACACGUGUGUACUAUAUAGGAUAUUUUUGUGUAUUACAUUUUUUAGAAGUUUCGGAGGAUGUUGGAUAUUAGAAGACCGUCCUGCCAAUUUACCCUUCUUACCACACUGCUAUACGCUUUAUACACGCGUAGCUACGUAGUAAAUUUAAGGGGUGCCAAGUCCACCGUUAACAGCUUUCUUUAAGCACCAUUCGCGUAGCAUAGUGUCUCUGUUUGGAGGUCGAUUUCGUGAUAUUGGUGGUCUAUUCGCUUAUAUCUCAAGAUCACUUAUUAUCGAUUAAACUAUGUGCUAAAUAAUCGAUUAUAACAAUGGUUUUGUACGAUCUUUAAGCGUGCGACGAUGUCAGCGCUUCCUUUUUCCUAACCGAAUCUAGGAUUCGUGAAAAAAAGCUCAACCCCCAAAUAGUCUGGACUGGGUUUCGCUUUUCGGGCAAUUGGGAUCAUUGAUCGUAAGCUAUCUUUUCGCGAAUUGUCCUACGAUUACGUCGAACAUAAAUAUAAAGACGUAGGUGAUCGUCCCAUUUGCCCGUCGUGCAACACAUAUUUUUCACGAAGAAUGUAUAUUACAAUAGUCGCUUUUUAUUCUCGGUUAUUUUAUCGUUCGUGUCGGAAAAAUAAGCAGUUUCGUUUAUGAAAUUGUGAUAUUUUUCGUUACCUCUAGAGAUUAGGUUUAAGUUAGGGAUAAUAUUUUAUCGAAAAGCAUCCAAAAGCGAAGCGAUAUCGUUGUAUGAGCGAUUAGAUCUUUUUUUUAUUGUUCAAAGUUCAAACGAACAAAAUGCAAAGAUAAAAAUAUCAAGGAACAUUCGUCGUCGUGACUUUUCAGAGGUCAGUAUGGAUGGUUUUCACGAAGCCACCUUCCGUCCGUCCCGAAAAUCAAAAGAAAUUAAAAGGAAAAAAGAGAUCGAAAAGAACAAUGAGACGGGGAGAGAGAGAGAAUACAAUAGAAGGUUUAUAAAGAAAGCACAAGCGUGAUUGUUAUGUAUUGCGGCCGUACUUAUAAAUAUUUGGUUAGUCAUGUACUUAAGCAUCGAAUGAUAAACACAACACAACGUACACGGUAAACACGAAACAAAAACACACACGUAUACGUACACGAACAGAGCACAAAGAGACAUAUCCAAUCACGAUCGUUGCUUGUUAUUCGCGAGUAAUCGGUGCGAUCAUUUCGUCGGCGUCCUUCUCAGUUUCCAGACGAGCUUAUAUUUUAAGCUUCUCUCGGGAAAUACGAGCGUGCGUGUAGAAAGGAAAGAAUAAAAAAGAAGAGUAAGCGAGCGAGAAGAAAGUUCGAGAGGGAGAGAGAGAGAGAGAGAGAGAGAGGUAAAACGUGUAUAUAACGCAGCCACGGCGAUUCGUUACUGACAUUUCGUCUUAGGUACUUAUUAUUACUGUUUUUAUUUCAUUUUCCUUUACCUUUUUUCUAUACUACUUGUUUCAAUCCCUCGCUCCGCGCGUACGUUAGGCGAGCGCGUAUUCCAAGCUGAUUGGAAAUCGAAAGCCGGACGGUGAGUCCGCUCGAUCGAACGCAAGCUUCGUUUCCCUGGAAAAUUCUAGCGCGAUGUCUAAUGCGCGUUAGAUGGGAAUGGUACGAAAUAGAAGAGAUAAAUAUAAAAGGAGGGGAAGGGAGAGAGAGAGAGAAAAGGAGGCUCGUUCCACUUUUUCGCAUUUCACCUUUUUCUUUGUUCAAAUUCUUUCUUCUCUCUUCUCACGUAUUAUUUUCAUGAAAUAAUACACCAGGAAGCGAGAGCGUUGCGCGUUUAGACGUCCCGACUCUUGGAAAAUUGAAAAAAUACAGUGCAAAAGGGACACCUAAGCGGAAAUCGACGGACAAAGUAAACGUACCGCGUGCCAAAUUCGAAAGUGCGCAACCACGCUGGCUGCCGAUUCGGCGACGAUUAUCGUUGUACACGCUUUCGUGGUUGUAUUGUACAUAAUAUUGCCGAUCGAUUCCUGGAUCAAACGUACAACUUAAUGCGUGUAUAUUUCGUAAAAGAUAUCCUUGUUCAUUUUACAUUGUAUCUGCCCCUGUAAAGAUACGGUUUAUUAUAUAAUGUCUGUUGUGAUUACGAAAACGUCUUUUUUUUUGUACGUAUGUAAGAUACAGCGUUCUCAACGUCUCCUGGAUAAUUAUUUUCUUGCGAUAGCGAAUGAAAAUUGUGCGGAAUAGAACAGACGCAUCAAUGUUCGUGUUUGUUCUUUCGGUUUAUUUUUUUGUUUCUUGUUUGUUUGUUUUUUUUUUCUUUCUUUUAUCCGUUGCAAACUUUCGCCGCUGUAUAACCUAUCGAUUAAAAAAUUUAAUGCACGCUGUUGAUCAGCCUAAAUUACUCUAGUUAAAAAAAAAAAAAAAAAAGAAAAUAAACUGAAAACGUUAUGAUCGAAAAGAGAUCAGGUUGUGUGGUCAAAGUUAAACUUAUUUAGCAAUCGUUUCGACCAAGAUGGCAUUGACUUUCGCGGAAGCUCUCGUCGUAUAUCCACCCUCCGUUCCAUCGCGUUGCAUUGAAAAACGACCUUGCGACGAUCCAGCUUGUCCACCGUGUCCACCGUGUUUACCACGUUCACCUUGUACACCAACUUGCGGACAGUCCAGCGUUCAAUUUCAACUGACGUACACUUGUGACAGGUAAACGAGUAGAUAUCGAUAUAAACAUUUAUUUUUUAUCUUUAUUUUUCUUUUUUUUUCUCUCCUUUCAAUUCGCGCAUCUCUAGGAAAAAUCGUGUACGGUUUUUUUUUUCUGGUUAUACAGAUCGACGUAUGCACCCUGUUAUCGUCCGACUAAACCAACUUGCUAUCUUUGUCCGAAACCAAUUCGAAAGACGUGUUGCUGUCUAAAGUGGUACGACUGUUGCGGAAAUCCAGUUUUCAAAAGUUGUUCCUAAAAGCGGAACAUCGUUUCUCAUCCGAGUUCAUAAAGAAAGAAGCAAAAUCGUUUCGUUGUAAAAAUUCACGCAAAAACGAGUACAACGAGGAGAAAGCAGGUUCUACGGAUACUUAUCUGAAGUACGUGAUUUAAUCUCGAAAUAGUCGAACGCGAAGAAAGAAAACAAAAAAAAAAAAAGAAGAAGAAGAAAGGAAAGCAAAGGACAAGCGGACACGUACGCGACAAGGACGAGGCGUCAGUUUAUCAAAGAACUUUUUUCAAAAUGUAGCCAGUAAUUAAUACUCGUCCGGGUUUCUCAUGGGUUUUUCUUUCUCCGUCGUAAAAGCUUGAUCGUAAAUCUGGGAGGAAGUUUCAGCAAGGAUUUCCUUUAGCUCCUAGUAGUAUUGUAUAAGAAGAAAAAUGUCUUGUCGGACUAGCUGCGGAGAGGCAAGGCGUACGAGCACUUUACCCCCGCCGUGCUGUCAUACAAGACCAGCGCCGUUUUGCUGUCCAAAGGAUGGCUGUCCACCGAUGCAGCAGUGUCCACCUAAGCGAUGCUGUCCACCUCCCACGUGCUUGCCAUUAAUCUGCAGAGAACGGCCCUGUUCACCUCCACCGCCACCGACCAUAUGCGUAGCGGGACCAUGCCCGAUACGACCUUGUCGAGUAAAAUACGAAUGUCCGCCACCUAAAAUAGAAGCACCACCAUCUUGCGUUCGAUUCUGCAUUCGCUGCACGUGCGAGGGAUCAACUUAUGCACCUUGUUACUUCUCCUGCCUGUCGACGUGUCCGCGUAUCGAUUGCUGUUAACGGUUUACGUUGGUGCAUCGUUUGCGAUUUUAUCGAAACGUAUAAAUUCGACUUAGAGUAGAGAAUUUCUAUGGAGAGUUUCGUUUUGAUGUAGCGCUCUGAGAGAAAUUCGAUUAAUCAAACUGAAAGAUUAAUUGCACAACUUCGAAGGACGGAAAUCGUCAAAUUCGUCCGAACGCGAUUCGUGGAUCUCUCUUAUGUAAUAUAAUUGCGGAGAAGUUUAAAGGAGAAUACGAGCAACGCGGACGACUCGCGCUGCUAAAGCUCGGAGCGCGCCCGUGAACGUUCGGUCUUAUAAUUAGUUAAUUAACAGAGAAGCGAAACAACAUUCCGCGUAGCGAGUUUGCGAUAAAGACAAAGCUCUUGGCCACUUAGAAAAUUAUGCAAUAAGAAGCUCUAGCGCAACUCUGGCUGCCAUCCGAAACCAGCG